CACAAGAAGAAGAAGAAGAAAAACAAGACAAGAGGAUGGGGGGAAAUUGAGCGUUGACUUUUGAAUUCGCCAUAAUCAACAGAUAAUAUGGCGCAGCAACAGAACAAACUCAAGCUCUAUUCUCACUGGAUAAGCUCCUGCUCCUGUCGCAUAAGAAUCGUCCUUAAUCUCAAAGGUCUGGAAUACCAGUACAUACCCGUUAACUUGCGUAAGGGGGAGCACUUGAGUCCUGACUUCCAAAAGCUGAAUCCUAUUGGGUAUGUACCGGUGCUGGUGGACUGUGACGACGUCAUUUCAGAUUCUUUUGCAAUUUUCAUGUAUCUGGAGGAGAAAUACCCUCAAAUCCCCUUAUUGCCAUCUGAUCUUCAUAAGAAGGCACUUAAUAUCCAGGUCGCAAAUAUCGUUUGCUCGAGCAUUCAGCCUCUUCAGAAUCGAGCUGUGCUGGUCUGUCUCCGAGUGAAUUUGUCUCUUUUAUGCAAUUGCAUUGAGGAAAAAGUAGGUCCGGAUGAGAAAAUUCCUUGGGCAAAAUUUCAUAUAGAGAAAGGCUUUGGAGCGCUUGAGAAGCUGUUAAAAGAUCAUGCUGGAAGAUAUGUGACCGGAGACGAAGUUUCCAUGGCAGAUGCGUUUCUAGCACCGCAGAUUGAUGCUGGGAUAAAGCGAUUCAAUGUCGACAUGGCUAGAUUCCCUAUUUUAACUCGGUUGAAUGAGGCAUAUAGUGUGCUACCGGAAUUCCAAAAGGCCAUGCCGGAGAAUCAGCCAGAUGCUCCUACGGCAUAGGGCGGUUGUUAAGAUGGUGGCUACUACUGAAUGGUGUCCGGAAGCGUAGAACAAGGGCUCUGGGCUCUUUAUUUCAUUCAGAACGAUGAUAUAAUAAGGAUUAUGUACUCCAGAAGCAUUAUAUAUAUCCAAAUUAAAUUUGAGUCAUACCGAAUUAAAUUUGAGUCGCCUCAAUUGUUAAAGGGAGUGUUGUUCUCCCUGGAUUCGAGCAGUUAGGUCGGUCAAA